CGGUUUCUGGUUAAUUAUUCAGAGUUAAUUUUAUUUUUAUUUAUUUUUCAUCAGAUGAGAGGGAGAGGGAGAAUGAGAGAAGAACAGAGCUCUGAAACCAUGGAGCCUCCGCCCAUUGCCAGGUCUUCUUCGCCUCCUCCAACUACUGCAGCCAGGUAACAAAUCUAGGUUUCAGUGUGGUUUGCAAACCUACAGCAUUGGGUUUGUACAAGAAAAUCUGCUAGGGUUUUAUUUCCAAGAAUUCAGGGAUUGGCGAGUUUUACUCGAUGGAGUGAAUGGUGGAAAUGCUUCCAUGUGAACGAGUUUUACUCAAGGGAGUCAAUUUUGUUCUCAUAUAACUAUUGAAAUUAUAGUAUCUUGACCUUUUUUUUGAGGGCAGUACUUCAUUAAUCUGAGCUAAUAAAGUCGUACAAUGAUGAGGUUUACUUUUGUUCCGUUGGGGCAUCAUCACCGGCUGUUCCAGCAAACUUCAACAGUAUAGAUUGGUUGGGUCAUGGACAGGGUUCGAAAGCGGCUUCUUUGUCUGGUUCACCAGUACCUUGGACUUCAAUGAGCACAAGUGCUUGUGAAUCAGCACUCGGCAUGUCACGACGCUCCUGUAGACCAUGGGAGCGUGGAGAUUUGCUUCGGCGUCUUGCCACAUUCAAGCCUUCAAAUUGGUCUGGAAAACCAAAGGUGGCUAGUUCACUGGCUUGUGCUCGAAGAGGUUGGGUGAGUGUGGAUAUUGACAAAGUCUCAUGCGAGUCAUGUGGUGCAAACCUCAGCUUUACCAUAUUACCAGUUUGGGCACCCAGCGAAGUUGAUAGUGCUGGUGAAGCCUUUGCCAAGCAACUUGAUCUAGGUCACAAAGUCUCAUGUCCCUGGAAAGGCAAUAGCUGUGCAGAAAGCUUGGUACAAUUCCCUCCAACUCCCCUAUCAGCACUCAUUGGAGGUUACAAGGACCGAUGUGAUGCACUGUCGCAAUUCCUGUCUCUUCCUGUUAUAGCUUCAUCAGUUAUUGAGAAAAUGAGGCUCUCUAGAAGCGCACAGAUCGAUCGUCUCCUUUCCCAACCUCAAAUUUUAGCCAUGGGAGAAUUUUGUUCUAAGGCUGACAGUAUACCUGGACCAGAGUCCCGAGAGGAGGCUACAUAUCUUUAUUCUCUUGCUCAGAAGCUGAUAAGUCUGUGUGGAUGGGAAGCACGAUGGCUUCCAAAUGUAGUAGACUGUGAAGAGCACUCUGCCCAGUCAACUAGGAAUGCUUGUUCGGUUGGCCCGACCCGUGACCCAUUGUGUCCAUCACAGGAACCUGGAUCCAGCAAGAACAGAGCAAAGAAGGAUACUGGAAAGAAAAAGAUAUCAGUUACAGACCAAAGACCUGAAUCCAGGUCUUCUGUGUUGGACUGUAGUUUAUGUGGAGCCACUGUUAGACUCUGGAAUUUUCUCGCUAUUCCUCGACCUACACGAUUUGCUCCUAUUGCCAUUGAUAUUCCUGAAACGAGCAAGAAAUUGACACGUGGUGUGAGUGCUGCUAGUGGAAUUAAUGGGUGGGUUGCAGCGGAUGGAAUAGAUAAAGAGCAAACUGAAGGUCGUGAUGAUGCAGCCACCACUGAUGAGGGGAAAUCACCAUCAAAUGUAGGUGUGGAUUUGAAUCUUACAAUAGCCGGUGGACUGAAUCCAUCACAAUUCAGCACACCCACAAUGCCUGGUGAUUUCAACGAUGCAGCUCGAUUUAGGGAUCCCAUGAUCAGGCAGCCAUCGGGAAGUGAGGUUGGUGAUCGUGCAGCUUCUUAUGAAUCACGAGGACCACGUACACGGAAGAGGAGUUUGGAGGAAGGUGGGAGCACGGUUGAUAGGCCACAGGAUCGAAUGCAUGCUGAUAGUGUAGAAGGUACAGUUAUUGAUCGUGAUGGUGAUGAAGUUAAUGAUGGCCGGCAAUGUUCAAGUGGUCCCUCCAAGCGUGUUCGUGACUCCCAUAUAUCACAGAGAGGAGAUAUUUCUCUUGCGGGUCCAAGCCAUGCUAUGGGUUAUGAUGUUGAUACUGAAGUCGACAGAGUCAAUCCAUUUAGACAAGAGGACAGUGAACAUAUGGUGGGCAUGCCAUCUGCUAGAGACUCAGCUCGUGCAUCAUCUGUCAUUGCUAUGGAUACUCUUUGUCAUGGUGAAGAUGAAGAUUCUAUGGAGAGUGUAGAGAACUAUCCUGGAGAUGUUACUGAUGUUAAUUUUCAACCAUUUAUGUAUAGGAACCAGGAAAUGAAUGAUGUGUCAGAACUGAACCCUUGUAGUGUUCAAGCCCAGCAGAGUGGUUGUAACCCACCAAUCUCUGGAAGAGUUGCUGAAGAAACAGGUUUAAGUAGCACUGAUGAAGGUGAAGAAACACUGAAUGCGGAAAAUGUUGCUGUUGAAGCUAGAGGUGGAACUAGUAUUGGUAUAAGUGGGGGGAGUUUUGGCAUGGCUGCUAGUCAUGAAGCUGAAAUUCAUGGGACUGAUGCUUAUAUCCAUAGAGCAGACAGCACUGUUGGUGAGGCAGAACCAGUGGCUGGAGUUAUUGAAAAUCAGGGGCAAAGUGGUGAGUUUGGUCCUGAUCCUGGUUUAAUGGAUGAGUUUGUGCCUGAAGAAAUAUAUCGGGAUGAUGGUCACGGUGAUAAUCAAGAUAUGAUGUCACAUUCAGUGGGUAGGGUGGAUAGUGGCUCAAAAUAUGAUGGCUCAACGAAAGCUGAGUCACUUGAAAGUGCUGAGAAGAUAAGCCAGACAAUCGGUCGUGCGAAUAGUGACCAUCGUUCUCUUACAAAUAAUGCUAUGAUAUUUUCUGGUUAUGAAGUGUCCAAGGAAGAGGUGACUAAAGCUGGCAAGCAAUCUAGACCCGAUGAUUGCACUUUCCUAGAGUCCGAGUAUGUUGCUGGAAAUGGAAAUGUUCAUGGGGAAAGUAACUACGAAGCGGAUGUCGCAGAGUUCGAUCCAAUACAUCAUCACCAUCAUUUCUGCCCAUGGGUGAAUGGAAAUGUUGCAGCUGCAGGCUGUAACAGUAGUACCAGUAGUGGAAACAAUGCUGUGGCUUUAUGUGGCUGGCAACUCACUUUAGAUGCAUUAGAUGCAUGCCAAUCACUUGAUGUUCCUAUCCAAACUGUAGAGUCUGAGUCGGCAGCUUCAUUAUAUAAGGAUGACCACUUAACUCCUGUUCAGAAACUUUUGGGUCGUCACUCUGUAAGCAGAAGCCAUGGCCAGCUGUGAAAUGUUCACAUGAGAGCAGUCAGUUGCUCUGGCGAUGACUAUUUAUCUUCAUAUGAUGCAAAAACCUGUACGCUUUCUUCCCGAAAUUUUUGAUUUUAGACACUUAUAUGCAGCUAUUUAACUAAGUGAUUUUCUUGCGCAAGUGUAGCCUAGUUAUAGUUCCUUAAUGCAAGAUGUAUUGGGUUUAAGUGGAGCCUGCAUUGGGUUACUGUCUCUUAAUAUGGGGCUGUAUUCCUGGAUGGAAACUCAUUUGCUUUUGCAGCUUCUUAACUUGUGGAUUAAAGAAUUAAUUUUGAUUUUAUUGUUAUUGAACAAAUUAGUCUCGACUCUGUAAUCAAAUUUUUUGUUGAACUGUUUAUCUAUUUGUUCUUUCCUUUGGUU